AUGUCGAAUAUUACGAAGGAAACGAUUAAUCAAUGUUCAAUCCGGUUGGGCUCGUUCAAUAGUGCAACUGUCGAUACACUUGUGUAUUUCUUUCACCACCAGGAUGGUUGUGUGCAAUUAACAUCUGCGACAAAUAAUCUGAAAGAAAAAUUCGAAAAUCUGUUAACAGUACAGGAAAAUGAAGAUGAUAAUGAUACUCCGUGGACACGAAUUGAGUUGGCAGUGAUGCUGCAUUUCAAAGCGAAAUAUUUAGAACAGAAUGUAAUUAGUAACGAGGCAAAUCAAUUGAAAGCGAAGAGAAAACUUUCGCUUGGCGAUGAACUGGAUUUGGCUUAUGCUUUUCUCUUGGCACAAGUCAAUGAUCGUUUAUCGUUGAAUACUCACAUAAAAGAUUUGAUGUUUUUGAUGGAGCUCCCAGGUGAUGCAUGUGACUUAUAUGAUGUUUACAGGAAAUCAUCUCAGGAUUUCUCGAACUUUUUCUGUUCAAUAAUUCAAUGUGAUUAUCUCUCGAAGAAAAUCGCCCUUGUGGAUUUGAUUAUUCGAAACUUUCAAUCAUUUAUCAAACGUUAUGAAGACUUUUUAAUAACUUACGAUAAAUUUUAUAAGCCAAUACCGGAAAAUAGAAGUGAAUGUACAUUGCUUGAUGAAAUGAUGAAUACAGUCGAUAUUCAAGAGGAUCCUUCGCUAGGAAUAACAAUUUUUCCGAUUACUUCGGAAAAACCAAAACCUCCAACUCUCGUGUCUGACACGCAAUCUCCUAAUAUAUCUAAACCACUCCCAGUGGUUCAACAACCGCAACCAGCGCCGCCGUCAUCAUCAGCAUCAAAUACUUCACAAAAAGGCUUAUGUGUAAUCAUCAAUAUUCAAUCAUUUAUGAAGUCUGCAGAGAUUACAGCCAAGUAUCGAACUGGAUCUGAUGUCGAUGUGGAAAAUAUCAGAGUCGUCUUCAAAAAAUCCGGUUUCAGAGUAAUGAUAUGUACCCAUGAUUUCAAGAAGGCGGAUGUGGACACGUCACUAGAACAGUUCAAUGAUAAAGAUAAAUAUGGCCAAUGCGACUGUUUCGUUAUGUUCAUAAUGUCACAUGGAUUCUUAAAUUCAUUCUUAACUACGGAUCAAAAGAUCGUCAAUAUCCGAGAUAUAAUCAAGCAGUAUUCGGACUCAUCACCGACGACAAUUUGGGCUGGAAAACCACGUCUAUUUUUUAUUCAAGCUUGUCGAUCAUUAUCAUCAUGGCCAGAAUAUUUGCGCUGCUCAAGUGGCCAAGAAUCCAGCUGA